AUGUUGCUCGGUUUGCUGCUUGUUGCAUGCGCCCAGGGUGUGUGGGCGAGUAACCCUCAAGACGGGCUGUGUGUCACCGCUGUCUUCUCUGCAUACAACUACAUCUCAUUUGCCGGGAUUCCACCCAAGCCUUUGUGGCAGUCGCGAUGCCGCAACCCAAUCAAGGUUACGUCAAUAUACGCCGCGACGGAGCUAUACUGUACUGAGUACGAACGCGACAAGGGACUUUCUCAGCUGGCUGAUGAGUGCCGGGAGUUCGGACACGUAGAGCUUAUCCCCAGAGAGGAGGUUGCGGGGAAUCUGACGGAAGAUGCUGUUCGGAAUAUGAGGAGGGUGGAUUAUCUGGAGUUGUCCCGAGCUGAUCCAGUUGAUGUCCCUGUGCUUUUAUCGGCGACUUACUUCGAUCUGAUGUUUAACACUCUGGAUUCUUGGGAAAAUGUAUCCUGGGCACAUCAUGCAUUUGGUUACCUCGGAUAUGUGUAUUGGGGCAUCAUACUGGCACUCGGAAUGAUAUCCCGAAUCUGUGUUUGGGCAUUUCAUCGCCGACAUCGCCAGACCGAACGUGCUGUCGAGUCAAAUGCGUAUCCCCUCAUCAGGUCGCUGGAGAAAACGCCAAUUGCAGGGACAUGUCUUCACUGGAUUCAAACCCACAUCAUGAUUCCACCGCCCCUGCCAACACGGAAAUGUGUGCUGGGAUGCACGUUUUCAACCAGAGUUGAAGCGCUCAUCGUUAUGGGCUUCUGGGCUCUCAGCAUCAUCCUCAGUCUUGUGUACUACAAGACGUUUUCUGGCAACAUCUACCAGCUUCUGCGAUAUUCUGCAGAUCGGACCGGUAUCAUGGCAUUUGCAAACUUCCCACUGAUAUGGCUUUUCGGCGGCCGAAACAACAUCUUUCUGUGGGCGACUGGAUGGAGCUUCGCUUCGUUCAACAUAUUUCAUCGGCAUGUUGCAAGGAUCGCUACACUACAAGCGGUAGUGCACUCAGUACUAUACAUCGUCAUGUACAUUCAAGCUGGCACAUUGUGGAAAGGCUUAUCCAAAGCCUAUGUCCAGUGGGGCAUACUGGGCACGUUGGUGAUGAUUUUGCUGUUGAUAACAUCGUUGGAUCGGAUUCGAAUUGCGACAUAUGAGCUCUUUCUGAUAGCACAUGUCGUGCUUUCAGUGCUGACCCUAGUCGGUUGCUUUUACCAUACUCUAAUCUUUGAAGGGCACGAAUAUUGGCAGUAUCUAUGGCCUUCAACAAUAAUUUGGGUCGUCGAUCGCUUCUUGCGAAUUGUGCGGCUAUGCUACUGCAACAUCCAUGUGAGCUUCUCUAACAAGAGUUUGGUAAAGGCCUCUGCGACCCGGAUGAUCUACGACAAAGCAUCUGAUGUGGUUCGAAUGGAGGUCACGCCAGCCACACCGCUACUGAGCCCUUCGCCGGGGCAGUACUACUUCUUGUACCAACCGUUUCGUUUGACUGGCUGGGAGAGUCACCCGUUCACCAUUGGGGCAUGGUCGUACGAACUAGGCGACAAACCACUAUCAUCACCAACAUCCGCUGGAAACCUAAACGACUCUCUGGACGUAUCCCAUGUCCCCCUUCUCGCAGGUGGGCCCGCCAAAGCAGAUUACCAGCGGAAUUGGACAAGCGACCCAGCAAGAGAGUCCGAUCCAUUGAAACUGAAAAUGAUCUUCUGGGUCCGACCGUAUGAUGGCUGGACUCGCAAACUGCGUCAGCAGUGCUUACGAUCGCCCAACUCAACGACCGAAACAACCGUGCUGCUUGAAGGCCCCUAUGGCGAUACUUUCCCUUUGUGGAGAUACGAGUCAGUGUUGAUCAUUGUCGGGGGAACAGGGAUCGCAUCCGCAGUACCCUACAUCCAAGACCACCUUCGACGCUCAGAUGAGGGGUGGGAAGAGAACCCCGAAAAUGAGAAAACUCGUGUUCGCGACAUCGAAUUGGUCUGGACCACCAAACAGGCGGCGUUCAUCCACGACGUGUCUCGUCGCGAAUUAAAACCUGCUUUGGAACGAAGUGAUUUUAGCGCCUCAUUCUACGCUACUCGUGAUUCAUCCGCAUAUGAAGAUCUUAACAAUUGCGGUUACGAAAUUCAGGAAGGGCGUCCCCACCUUCAAUCCCUGAUCAUGAGUCGUGCUUGCGAUGCCUCUUCGGCUGACUCUAGUCUGGCAAUUCUGGUCUGCGGUCCGGUUGGAAUGGCCGAUGAAGCCCGUGCUGCGACUCAUCUAGCUAUGCGACAAGGUCAUCGUUCAAUCAAGUUUGUUGAGGAGUCUUUUACUUGGUAA